AAAACAUCUCUCUCUCCUAUUAGGGUUUCAUCAUCCUCCAUUGCUCCUCCAUCCUUUUCCUGUUUCCCCCUAACCCGAUCACUCUCUCUCUCUCUCUCUCUCUCUCUCUGAUUGAUUGAUUUUGGGUUGAUCGAAGUUUUGAUCUUCUUGUACUUCCCUUUGGAUUCACUGGUUUUCUUUAAUUUCACACUUUGGACAAUCUUGUGAGUUCUUGUCACUCUCUCCUUUUUCAACCAUUCUUGGGUUCAAUUGGGGUGUUUUCUUUCUGGGUUUUUAGUUUUUUUGGUGAUUCUCACAUACUACAUCAGCCCAUUUCUGUUCUAGGGUUCAAUCUUGAACAAUUUUUGAGUUUUUUUGUUUUUGUCACUCUCUCUGUUUUGAGCAAAUUGGAAUUUUUACUUCAAUUGUGAACUCAUUUCAGUUCUAGGGUUCAAUCUUGCAUUAUCUUUUUGAGUUCUUGUCACUCUCUUUCUCUCUCUCAGCACUUGUUGGAUCCAAUUGGGUUUGGGUUAUUGUAAUUCGAAGUAUUUGAAUACAUACAUAAAAUAUAUAUUGCUAGUGUUGUGUAGUUGACGUGAAAAAUGCCAGUAACAGAUUAUCAAGGUUCAUCUGCUUCUUUCUCAAAUUUCGGCCGUUCGAUCCUGAGCAUACGCCGCGAUCAGGUUCAUUCCAUGGAAGCUACCCACGAGGCUACGGCCCAGGAGCUCGAGCUGGAGGCCUUCCAGAGAAAUGUUGCAGACCGGUUUCACAAUUUAUCGGCUGUUUCGUCUGAUGAAUUGCUCUCACUGUCGUGGAUUCGCAAACUUCUCGAUGUCUUCCUCUGUUGUCAAGAGGAAUUUAGGAUGAUACUAUUCAACAACAAAGGGUACAUGAACAGAGCACCGAUGGAUCGAUUGCUUUCUGAAUUUUCUGAGAGGAGUGUGAAGGCUCUUGAUGUGUGUAAUGCGAUUCGAGAAGGGAUUGAACAGAUCAGACAGUGGCAGAAGCAAUUGGAUAUUGUGUUGUGUGCAUUGGACAACAAUCAGAGGAGUGUCGGGGAAGGCCAGUUUCGUAGAGCCAAAAGGGCAUUGGUUGAUUUGGCAAUUGGUAUGCUUGAUGAGAAGGACUCAAAUUCUGCUAUUGGACAUAGAAACCGGUCUUUCGGGCGCAACAAUGUGCAAAAGGAUCACAAGUCUUUGGCCAAUUUUCGAUCGUUGUCGUGGAGCGUUUCGCGGAACUGGUCAGCUGCUAGGCAGUUGCAGGCUAUUGGAAACAACUUGGCUGCCCCGAAAACGAAUGAAAUCAUGGCAACCAAUGGCCUUGCAGUUUCAGUCUUCACCAUGAGCUCUGUUCUGCUUUUUGUGAUGUGGGCACUUGUAGCUGCAAUCCCUUGUCAAGACCGAGGCUUGCAUAUCCAUUUUUCCAUACCAAGGCAAUUCAUUUGGGCCAUUCCGAUUCUCUCACUUCACGAGAGGAUUUUGGAAGAGUCGAAGAAGAGGAAUCGGAGAAACACUUGUGGGUUGUUGAGGGAGAUUCAGAAAAUUGAGAUGUGUGCCCGGAACAUGAAUGAAUUGGCUGAUUCAGUUCAGUUCCCAUUGACAAAAGAAAAGGAGGGUGAUGUGAGGCAGAGAGUAGAGGAGCUUGGGCAAGUUUUUGAAGCAGUGAAAAAUGGAUUGGACCCUUUGGAAUUGCAAGUGAGGGAAGUGUUCCUCAGGAUUGUUCGUAGCCGGACUGAGGGUUUUGACUCGUUUGGAAGGGCGAAUCAUCACAGGUAAUGUGUCUGCACAUUGCCUGUGGGCACUGAUUGUAAAGGUUUUGCUUCCUUGGACUUGAAGAGAAUGAAUGGUAUAGGCAAUUUGACAUUGCCAGCAAAAUAAAAGGUUCAAGGAGGUGAAAGUUAUUGUAUUUAUCACUAUAUAUUUUGUAUAUGAAUUGGAUCUUCCUAGUCCAUGGUGCUUUUACCAAUGUAGAAAUUCAAGUUUAUGAGUAAUUUUGCAUAUCAUGAUCUUCUUGUUUUUGUUUGUGGUGGAUGUUACUCAGGCCCAAGAUCAAUUAUUAUUCUAGUUGGUAUAACAAUUUUGUGUGUGUUUGUAAUAUGAGUGUGUACAUUGUCUUUUGAUCUCUUUGGAGGAAGUUAUAGCUGCCCUGUGAAAUGAACAAGUUGUUGUAGUUUGAA